GUUUGAUCUCGGUUUUUGAACUUUCUUCGAAUGUCCUCUCAAAUGACCGGUUCUAGACGGAAGCAAAAGAUAAGACAUGUUAAUACCAAGGUCAUCGUUCAGUAUGCGAUAAACCAAUAUUAGAUCACCCCGUAUCGAAUCAUCAGCGAAUGGGACGCGUUACCUGAGUACGUGAUUGAAACUUCAUCUGUCGACGCUUUCAUAAGAAAGUUGGAUCAACUGAGAAACCAUUAUUUCCAGGACUAAGAUAAGCCAAACAGCAUCCUGAAACUGUGAUUAAGCAUUUAAGUUACCUAGUCUCAUUAGCACGUGUUACAAACUAAUGCGUUACUGCCGAUAAGUAUUUAGUGGUCGUGGUUUCAUGAACAUGGUUUUGGGUGUGCCUCACAAUUUGACACGAAGAUAUGGACAAGUGGCUGAAUCGAAGAAUUAACUCUUUUUUCGUUGACUCCUUGUAAUCGUGUUCAGUGAUCAAAGUUUGAGACGCUUGUACAAUUGAAAGAUCUCUUCUACAAAUACUCAAAGUUACUAUUAUUCUUUAUUUCACUGGAGUUACCGACUGAAAUUCUGUCGACAAAUAUAUCGAACCUUUUACAGAUGUUGAUCAGGUAUUUCCAAUAAUAUAAUGGAGUGCAAAAGACAAUCUGAACUGGAACUUCUAGCCAAACUUGAGGAAAAAAAUCGAGCUCUUUUUUCAGAUGCUAAAGUCGUUCCAUCUUUACAUACUCGUCGACGAGAAGGUUCUUUAUCAAGUAGCAUUUCCACUGGAUCUGGGCAGGAUGAUACACGAAGCAAUGGAACAUCUUCGCUGCAGCUUAAUGGUCAUGCAACACAUGGGUCGUCGAAAUCGAGUAACACUUCUGGAGUCUCGAUUCCUUUAAUGAUUGGUUGGACUGCUGGAGCACCAAUUAGCAGUUCUAUUCGUGAACAGUGGGACUACGUAAUAAAUAAUUGGGAUCAAUGUUCGAAAAAGAAAUCCUAUGUUUCUGAUCUCAUUAAAAAAGGUGUUCCUGAUGAAUUUCGUCCAUUAAUUUGGCAACUAUACUGUGGAGCUUAUGAUUCAGCUGUUAAAAAACAUUAUCAUAAUUAUUUGUUAGUAAAUUCACCGGUUGAAAAAGCUAUCCGACGUGAUAUUGCACGUACAUUUCCUAAACAUGAUUUAUUUAAAGAUGAAAACGGUUGUGGUCAAGAAAGCUUAUUCCGUGUAAUCAAAGCGUAUUCAAUUCAUGACCCAGAAGUGGGCUAUUGUCAAGGCUCCGCAUUUAUUGUUGGAUUAUUAUUAAUGCAGAUGCCUGAACUUAAUGCAUUCGCUGUACUUGUUCAAUUAAUGAAUGAUUAUCGACUUCGUGAAAUGUAUAAACCAUCUAUGAUGGAACUUGGCGUUUGUAUGUACCAGUUAGAACAAUUAAUUGCUGAUAAUUUACCCGAAUUGUAUACGCAUUUUCGUACACAAUCAUUUGCACCAAGUUUAUAUGCAUCAGCAUGGUUUUUGACAUUGUUCUCUACUAUUCUACCUAUACCAUGUGCUACACGUGUUAUGGAUUUUUAUAUUGUUGAGGGCCUUCAAUUCAUAUUUAAAUUGGCUUUAUCAAUAUUGAAAUUUUCUGCAGACAAUUUGUUAAGAUGUGAUAUGGAGUCAAUGGUUGCAUUCCUUCAACAUGAAGGACCAUUAGCGUGGGAUAAACAUUCGAAUACUAUAUUUGAAAAUGCUUGUUCGCUUAAAUUGAAUACAAAAAAGAUGAAAAAAUUAGCGAAAGAAUACAUGACAAUGCGUAGUCAAGAACGAGAAGAACAAAUUGAAUUACGUCGUCUUCGUACUGAAAAUGGAUUAUUAUUACAACGUUUAGCCCGUUUAGAAGAGGAAAGUGGUGUAAUGGCUGAUCGUUUAGUUAAAUGUCAAUUGAUUCGAGCACAAGAAGCUGAAACUACCAUUGCAUUACGUUGUGAAUUAUCUAUAUUAAGACGUGAAUAUGCUAAUUUAAAUUCUAAUUCUCAUUUAAUAACUAAUGAAUUUUUAUUGAAUAAUAAUACUAAUAAAAGUAUUGAAAAUAAUGAUGAACAACAUAAAUUAUUAUUGAAAUCAACCACAAUCAAUCAUGAUGAUGUACUGCCAACAAAUGAAAAGAUAAUAAAUACCACUGUUUCUAAUACAAAUACAACAAUCUCUAUGGAUAAGCCAACAAUCACAAAUAUAUCUAACCCAAAUCAGAAUUAUACCAAUAAUGAUACAGUACAUCAAUCACUUGUUAAUGGUUUCUCAUCACCUACUUAUAAUAUUCAGAAUAACUAUACUACUAAUAAUACUAAUACUACUAAUAAUAAUAAUACUUGUUCUUCUUCUUCAUUACAUGAACAACAAUUAAAUAAUUCAUAUGAUUUUUGUACAUUACCAAGAUCAAGAAAUCGUGAUUAUCAAAUAAAAGGUGGUAAUCAUUAUAAUGAAAUGAAAAAUGAUGAAUUAUUAUCAACUACUAUGAAUCAAUUACAAACAGAUUUAAUGAAUUCACGUUUUAAUGAAGCGGAUACUAAAAAAAUAUUACAUGAAUUACGAUGUAAAUUACAUGAAUUAGAAGAGUCAAAAUCGGAUCAAUCACUUCGAUCAGCUGAACAAAUUGCUGUAUUAAAAGAUGAAUUAUUUGGUGCAAAACUUCGAGAAACAGAAUUAAUAAAUCAAGUAGAAGAGUUAAAAAGAAGAUUUGAUGAUUUGAAUUCACUUUGGCAGGCACAUAUUGGAAAAUGUAAAGGUGUUAACAGUGAUACAAAACGUUCUUCACUUUGGAUUGGUUCUUUAAACUCACUGGAUUCACAUGAAACGAAUUUCAAGAUGAAAUUUUCUGACCGACUACUGGAAACACGAUUCGUCAAUCAAAUCAGUAGUUUAAAACAACAGAUUACUGAUUUAACUGUACAACAAGAAUUAUCUGAUCGUCGUGCUGAUCGUUUAGAUAAACGUGUCACUGAACUACUCGAAUCACGUACAGCAUUUCAAACAAGAGAACGUGAAUUAACACUGGAAUUAAAGCAAUUAGAACAGAAAUGUGCUGAUAUAGAAGCGAAGCGUAAAGCCGAUGGUGUUAUGUGGCGUAGUCGUGAAAUGGAAUUUAAAACUCAACUAGCUGAACGUAAACAAGGUUAUUUACAAUUGGAAUAUCAAUAUGAAAGUCUACUAACAUCACAACGUCUUCAAUCGAAAACCGAUAAUCAUGAAUUGAUGCUUAGAAAAUCAUCAUUGGAUUCUGAUAAAAUAUUAGAAAUGACUAAUAACACUAAUAGUACCACUGAACAUAAUAGUUGUAAUAAUGCUAAUCGUUUUACCCUUGGUAGUUAUUUAAAAUUUACUCAACCAAACCCACCAUCUGACCCAUCAAAUUCCACUGUAUCUACACCAAAAUCAACAAUGGAUAACAAAAUAGUGAAUUAUGAUAAAUCAUAUUGUCCUAUUAAUGGUGAAUUAUAUUCAAUGUGGAAAGAUUUACCACCAGCUGUUAUGACUGAGUCAAUUGGUCCAUUAGAAGAUCUUUGUCUUAUACCAGAUGAUCCAAUGAUUACAAGUGUUUACUUGAAUUCAUCUUCAUCAGCAACGUCAACUACAACAACAACGACAACAUCUCCACCGUCAACUCCACCAUCUAUUAUAUCGAAUAAUCAUUUCUAGUCGUUAUUAUGCUUGUACGCUUUCAUGAUACUUCUUGGUUAUACUGCUAAUAUUAGUAAUUUUUUAUAUUUACAUACAGUUACACAUAUAUACAUUCAAAUAUAUUUUGUUGUUGUUAUCUAUUGUUCGAAGUGUAACUGAAGAGUUUUCUCCUCCUCCUCCUCCUCCUCCUCCUCCUCCUCCUCCUCCUCCUCCUCCUCCUCCUCCUCCUCCUCCUCCUCCUCCCCUCUCUCUCUCCCUCUCUUUUUUUUUAACAACUAAUCUACCUUCAUAUUGUAUAUCUAUUACAAUAUUUUGAUAUUUAAAUGUAUUCAUUUGUUGUUGGCAAUAAGAUAUAGAACACAUCGAUUUUGAAUGUAUAAUAUAACUGUUGUAAAUGGAUACCUCAUUGGUCUCCCCUUUAUUUAUUUAUUUCUCGUUAAUCACUUAUAUUUGUUGAUCCUUUCAGAAAGAUUUUUCAUUGAAAACAUUUAAACAAACAUGAUUGAUAGUUUUCUUUUCUAAUUUAGAAAUUCUUAUUUAUUUCCGUCUAUAUAAAGAGAAAUGUUUUUAGUCUUUCAGAUACUACUUAUAUCAUGUAUAAACAUACUUAUAUGUUUACAACUCUUCUUCUUCUUCUACUUUUUUUCUUUACCUCAUCACUGUUUUUGUUGUUUUGAAAAUUGUUAAUCAAUGUGUUAUUGUUUGUUUUUUUCUCCAUUUUCUAAAGAUGUUUCCAAUGUUCACUAUCAUCAUUGUAUCUUCAUUGAAUAGAUUGGUAAUAAAAGAGUAACAUUCAUCUAUUUAUGGAUAGAUACAUUUUGUUCUCUUUUGCAAUUAUUAAGUAAUCCAUUACGAUGAUUCAUUUGUGUACAUUAAGUUUAUUAUAUACAUAUAAAUAUGAUCUGUUUGUAUAUGUUCAUCGUUGCCUGCUUUUUUUGUGUGCAUGAUAUUAACCCCGGUUUAUGAAUAUUAUGUAACUAUUAACUGCUGUUCAUUGUGUUAUGAUUGGUCAAUGAUUAUAAUGACAUGAUUCCAACUUUUAUCAUCAACAUCAUCAUUAUUCUCCUUACUUUAUAAAAGGUAUCUGCUAUGGCAAAAUUGAUUUUUCUUUCAUGAAGAUGAUUACAAAAACACGUCCAAUUAUUAUUAUUAUUAUUAUUAUUAUUAUUAUUAUUAUUAUUAUUACCAUGUUUUGUUUUUCGCCCUUCAUUCUUUUUCUUGCUGUUGUUGUUGUUGUGAUAAAAUAUUCUUUCUAGAUGUGUAUACACUACAUUCAUUUCAAGAUUAGAUAUUAUUAUUAUUAUCAUUAUUCGUCUAUGAUCCAUGGGUUGUUUUUUAUUUCUUUACCUUACUAUUUACCCAUUUCAUAGGAAGGAAUGGGAUUUAUUUUAAAAAAAAGUUUGCCUCCUUUAUUACUUUGCUUCAAAUGCAUUUAUAACGUAUUUUGCAUAUAUAAUCUAUAUGUAUCUAUGUAUUACUCUAUUUUUGAUCGAGUUUUGUUGACUAAGCUGGGUGAUAUGGUCGUGAAGCUUUCAUCGUUCAUCAUAGAAGACGUCUACCUGAAGUUUGUGCUGAUGAUGUCAUUCAGAUGAAGGAUAAGAGGUCCACGACCAAAUCAUCCAGCUCAGAGAACAAAACUUUAUCAAAGUUAUCCACUUGAGCUACAAAUUUUCUCCACCAUUUCAAAAUCAUAUGAGCAUGGUAUUGCUCUAUUGUAUAUGUUUUGUUUAAAGUGUAUUCUAUUACUUCCUAUUAUUGUUAAUGAUUAUUUGUUCAUUUGAACUAUAGACAAUCUAUUCAUUUACAUCUCAACACAACAUUGAUAUUAGUGUAAAUCAUUUUACUCUUUUUUAUAUCUCAGAGUAAAUGUUUUUUUUGUGUUAGUGACUGAGAAAAUAAGAAAUUAUUGAUUCUGAAAUUAGUUCCUUUUUUUUUCUUCUUUUUUUACUUUAUUGAAAUCAUAAAGUUAUCCAUGUUAAACUAUCAUUGAAAACCUAGUGAUCUAAUAACCCUAGCAAUCGAUGGUUAGAGACCUUGAAUGUGACAUUGCUCAAAAUCGUUUGGAAUGGCGUAGGAACAUUCACUCUUUGUGUUCUCCUAAAUUCUAAUCUACUGAAUUCUUCAUAUCCCUCAUCUUUUUCCUCUUUCCAAAUUUAUUUCACUGGAUUAUACUCCUUGAAUAACAUCUUCAAACUCUAAUCUUUCCUAUUACUUUUAUACUUUUACUAUCUCCACCACUAUGGGAUUUCAAUCGACAACUCCAUCUAUGUACUAAUGUGAUAUGGCAACUCAAACGGAUAUACGUAUGUAUGAAGUUCUACGUUGUUACUGACUGACUAACAAUCCUAUACUGAAAAAUACUUUCAAUUUUGUUUGUUUGAAACUGGUUGAAUAGCUUGUAUGAAUUAUUCACUAUAUUCAUAUUGAUAUCUUUUUUUUGGAUAUAUAGAUGAUUUCAGGAAUUUAUAUGAUCAAUAUAACAUUGUACUAAGGUAGUGUACUACUAUCAGUAAUUUCUAUCUCAUUUAUAAUUGUCUUAUGAUCCGGUCACAUUAAUCCGUUGUUUUAAGCUUAAGGUUAAUAAUUCUGUAUGUCUUUAUAUCAUAUAGAAUUCCAGUUCCUAGUUAAUUUCCAUCAAUAAUGAAAAUAAGUCAUUAAAUAACACGUUUUAACGGAAUUCGCCAACCAGUUGUAGAUACGGUAUAUGUGUUUUUAAUGAGUUCAUUCGUAGGCUAACUAUAUAAUUGCAUAAUCUUGGGAAAUCCAUUGAAGCUGAGUGGUAUAAAUAUUUAAAUAGUUAUCUUUUUUCAUUCUCUGAAGAAGUGACUCACUGAGUCACUAAAUGUCAGGAUAUUGCAAAUAUAACAUCCCUAUUAUUUAUACGGUUAGUGUAUAACCAAAUCUGCAGUUGUUCACUUAUGUAGUAAAUAUUCCUUAUUUAUAUAUGGAUCUGUAACGUUUAGAUUGGUCAUUGUCGCAUGGACUUUUUUGAAAUACGAGGUGGUUGGACUGACCUAAUGAAACUGUGUUGAAUUCACUGUGGAGCAUCAUUUGCUUCGAAUUUCCAAGUACACUUUGCUGAUGAGCACCAACUUCGAUGAAGCUUGAAUUCAAGGUUUCUAAGUUUUAAACAUAAAUAUUUAGAUGACUUUAUUUUUGAGAUGAACUGAUUUGAAUCAAUGUUUAUUCCAUUCAUUAACACAUCAAAUAUUAUCACUAGUAACCUUCAUAUGAUAUUUCACCAUGACCGACAAUGAAAUUGCAUAAUAUGUCUACUGAUUGUACAUUUUACAUUAAUUCCAAAAUUAAAGUACUAUAAUCCAGUUUUUUUUGUCCUCCAUCGUAGUUGCCAUAUUCUUCUUAUUCCCUUUGAUUAUUAUUAACAAUAUUCAUUUGUAAUAUCUAAUGCAAUUGGUUGCCAUUUAUUCUAUUUGUAAUCAUUUUUCUGCUGUUAACGAAAUUUGAUCGGUUGACAUUGUAUUGUGUUAUAUUGAACCUCAAAUGAUGAAAUGAUUAAAUCUUUCAACUUCACUCUACCUUUUUUUAUUCAAGUAGUCGAAUAGUAGUAUCAUUAACUAGCCUUCGCAAAAAUGCAUAUCCCGUAAAGUUAUGGAGGAAUUCACAAACAAAUGCCUAGUUGUUUAAUUUCAUUCAUUUAUGGUUGAUGAAAUCUUAGGUAAACAAAGUCCAAAUUGCUAAUCAAGGCAUUUUUUUAUGGUUUGGAAUGUACCCAUUUUGAGUAGACCCCUAUGCAAUCUAUUAUUAUCUUUUCAAGUCUGACGUGUAAAUAUUUCAUUUCUAGUUCUGUUGAAUUAUGUUGUACAAUUUCUCACAUGUGAUGGAAACAUAAAGACAAGGAUUGGCAAAGCAAGGGCAGCAUUCUUACAGUUGAACAACAUAUGGAACUCGAAACAACUGUCAACCAAUAUCAGGAUCUUCAAUACGAAUGUCAAAACAAUUCUACUGUACGGAGCUUAAACGUGGAGAACUACCACAAUCAUUAUAAAAAAAGUACGAAUAUUGAUAAACAGUUGUCUACGCAAAAUAUACUAGGUCCACUGAUUGGAUACUAUCAGUAACAAUCUACUGUGACAGAAAAAAAAUCAACUUACAACUGAAGAGGGAAUUAGAAAAAGAUGUUGGAAGUGGAUAAGACAUACAUUACGGAAAUCACCAAGCUGUAUGACGAAGCAAGUGCUAACAUGGAAACGUGAAAGAGGAAGAUCAACAAACGCACUGCAAUAGGAAUGUGAAUCAAACAUGAGAAGGAUGAAUAGUUACUGGAAAGGAUUUCCCAGGACAGAUUUUGAUGGAGAAUGCUGAUGGGCAGUCUAUGUCCCUCCACAAGGGAUAACAUGCCUAAAUCGACAUCAAUUGGGGUACAUUUGAAAGUCAAUGAAAUAUUUUAUUCCUCUCUAGGACUCCACAGUACUGCUCGCCUACUGUAUUUAAGGAAUGUUGAAAGCGCAUUAUUUUUCUCCUACCAAGAUAAUAUCUAAUAAUCAGAGUCUUCAACAUAAUCCAUUCCAUUAAUAAUAUCUAACCCAUUCCUGACAUAACAGAUGUUUACUCUCCUCAGAAUCAUAUUAGAACUUCAACAGUUCUUCUUGAAAUCAAUCAUCAGACCAAUCAAUAAUCAACUAAUCAAUAAAC